GAUUGUAUAGUCACGAUGGAGCCCCCUUUGAGCAAGAGGAACCCGCCAGCGCUGAGAUUAGCGGAUUUGGCAACGGCUCAGGCCCAACCGCUUCAGAACAUGACAGGCUUCCCGGUGCUGGCCGGCCCGCCCGCCCACUCCCAACUCCGUGCCGGGGCCGCCGCCGCCGCCGCCGCCGCCGCGCGCCUCCAGCCGCGGGACCCGGGCGCUGACCCCGGCGUGGCCGUCGCUCGGCGCGGCCCCGAGCACAUGGCCCGGGCGAGCGCGCAGAGCCUCGGCCCUCCCUCCCCGGCACUCCGGGGGCAGCCCGAGGCUCCGGCCGCCGCCGCAGCCUCCUCCACCGCGCACCCCAGCGCCGCCGACACCUACCCCGGCGGCAGCGGCGGCGGCGGCGGCGGCGGCGGCGGGGGCAGCGGUGGCGCGCGGCCCUCGGCGCCCCCGCCCUCAGCCCCUCCUCUUCCUCCCUCCCCUUCACCCCCUCCCCCUCCCCCUCCGCCUGCCCUCUCGGGCUACACCACCACCAAUAGUGGCGGCGGCGGCAGCAGCGGCAAAGGCCACAGCAGGGACUUCGUCCUCCGGAGGGACCUUUCCGCCACGGCCCCCGCGGCGGCCAUGCACGGGGCCCCGCUCGGAGGGGAGCAGCGGUCUGGCACUAGCUCCCCCCAGCACCCGGCCCCGCCUCCCCACUCAGCCGGCAUGUUCAUCUCCGCCAGCGGCACCUACGCGGGCCCGGACGGCGGCGGCGGCGGCGGCGGCGGCGGCCCGGCGCUCUUCCCCGCGCUGCACGACUCUCCGGGGGCGCCCGGCGGCGGCGGCGGCGGCGGCCACCCGCACCCGCUCAACGGCCAGAUGCGUCUGGGGCUGGCGGCGGCGGCGGCGGCGGCGGCGGCCGCCGAGCUCUACGGCCGUGGCGAGCCGCCUUUCGCGCCGCGCUCGGGGGAUGCCCACUACGGGGCGGUGGCGGCCGCGGCGGCCGCCGCCCUGCACGGCUACGGAGCCGUGAACUUAAACCUGAACCUCGCGGCGGCCGCGGCGGCGGCGGCGGCGGCGGCGGCCGGCCCGGGACCCCACCUGCAACACCACGCGCCGCCGCCGGCGCCCGCGCCGCACCCGCACCCGCACCACCCCCACCACCUCCCAGGGGCGGCCGGGGCCUUCCUGCGCUACAUGCGGCAGCCAAUCAAGCAGGAGCUCAUCUGCAAGUGGAUCGACCCGGACGAGCUGGCCGGGCCACCCCCGCCGCCGCCGCCGCCGCCGCCGCCGCCGCCGCCCCCGGCCGGCGGCGGCGCCCAGCCCUGCUCCAAAACUUUCGGCACCAUGCACGAGCUGGUGAACCACGUCACGGUGGAGCACGUGGGCGGCCCGGAGCAGAGCAGCCACGUCUGCUUCUGGGAGGACUGUCCGCGCGAGGGCAAGCCCUUCAAGGCCAAAUACAAGCUCAUCAACCACAUCCGCGUGCACACGGGCGAGAAGCCCUUCCCCUGCCCCUUCCCGGGCUGCGGCAAGGUCUUCGCGCGCUCCGAGAACCUCAAGAUCCACAAGCGCACUCAUACAGGGGAAAAGCCUUUCAAAUGUGAAUUCGAUGGCUGUGACAGGAAGUUCGCCAAUAGCAGUGAUCGAAAGAAACACUCCCAUGUGCAUACCAGUGAUAAGCCCUACUACUGUAAGAUCCGAGGCUGUGACAAGUCCUACACGCACCCCAGCUCCCUGAGGAAGCACAUGAAGAUUCACUGCAAGUCCCCCCCACCCUCUCCGGGGACUCUCGCCUACUCAGCCGUGGGGACGCCGGUGGGUGCUCCCUUGUCACCUGUGCUGGACCCAGCCAGGAGUCGCUCCAGCACUCUGUCCCCUCAAGUGACCAACCUCAACGAGUGGUACGUUUGCCAGGCCACAGGGGCCCCCGGUCACCUCCACACACCUUCCAGCAAUGGAACCACCUCCGAGUCAGAAGACGAGGAAAUGUAUGGGAACCCCGAAGUUGUGCGGACUAUACAUUAG